AUGGCCGACACCGCAACCAUGGCCGACACCGAGAUGGACAUUGACCAGCCCGAGCGCACUUCCGCCGACCCCAAAGCCAGCGACGCCAGCACUGCAGCAGGCGCAACCGCCGUCCGCUCCAUCGAAGGCUGGAUAAUCAUCGUCACCAAUGUGCACGAGGAAGCCACUGAGGAGGACCUGCAAGACAUGUUUGGCGAGUACGGCACUAUUAAGAAUCUGCACUUGAAUCUGGACAGGCGGACGGGCUACGUCAAGGGAUACGUUCUUAUCGAAUACCCUACCCUCGACGAAGCGAAGGCCGCUGUGAGAGACGGCAAUGGUCUGGAGCUCCUCGAGCAGAAGGUCGUUGUGGAUUACGCCUUCGUUAGGCCACCGCCUCCGAAUAAGGGCCGUGGACGCGAUCAAGGGCGUGACGAUAGGAGAGGCAGCGCCCGCGGGAAAGGAAGGAGCAGAAGUCCGGGUAAGGACGGCGACGAUAUGGAGGACUGA